AUGCUAAUUAAAUGUAAAACGAAAGGAACGAGAGUGAAGGGAGUUGUGUUCCACCCACGACUUCACUUCCUACUAGCCUCUAUGCACUCAGGAGAUAUCCAAAUGUGGGAUUAUUUAAAUUCGACAUUAGUGGAAGUUUUCUCAGAACACGAAGGACCAGUUAGAGGAAUCGAUUUCCACCAAGAACAACCACUAUUCGUUAGCGGAGGAGACGACACAACGGUUAUUGUAUGGGAUUUUACACAAAGGAAAAAAUUGUUUGUACUAGCAGGACAUCUGGAUUAUGUGAGAACAGUGCAGUUCCAUACCAGUUACCCAUGGGUAAUGUCAUCAUCAGAUGAUCAAACGAUUAGAAUAUGGAACUGGCAAUCAAGAAGCUGUAUAACAGUAAUUUCUGGACAUAACCAUUAUGUAAUGAGCUCAUUGUUCCACCCAACAGAGAAUUUAAUAAUAUCAUCAAGCCUAGACCAUACAGCAAGAAUCUGGGAUAUCACAUACCUGGUCGAGAAAAAGUGCUCAAUAAAGCCACCAAUACAAAAUCAAAGUAAUUAUUAUAUGGCAGAACCAAAUAGCAUGGGAAACGCAUUUGAAAUUGAAGUGACAGGGGUGUCUGACGUCAUUUGCCUGCACACGCUGGUGGGACACUCGAGCGGUGUCAACUACGCAAUCUUUUUCGGAACCAACCUAGCAAUAACAGCAGGAGAUGAUUGCACAGUGAGGAUUUGGAGGUAUUCACAAUACUCAUUUUAUCAAACGAACAUCCUGAGAGAUCACGAAGACAACGUUACAUGUCUGUUGCUGGUCAAGGAUUAUCUGUUAAGCACGUCGGAAGACCAUUCGAUAAGGAUAUGGGACCUAAAUACGUAUGCAUUGGUCCACACAUAUUUGAUGGAUGAUGACCGAUUCUGGACAAUAUCCAAAUCUAAACAUAAUAACUAUAUAACAGCAGGACAUGACGCAGGAUUGAUAGUAUUCAAGCUUUACAAAGAAAGACCGCAGAUAUCACUGGGCCCAGAUAGAGAAAAAACGAUUCUAUACUAUGUAUGGAACAAUAGCUUGUACGCAAGUAACCUUGAAAAGGAGUGUGAGUCCUUCACGAAAGAACUGUUACAUUAUUCCAGCACUAACGGAACAACAAACGCAGUCAAGAAUAAGAACACAGAUAUGAAUUUGUUAUACUACAAGUGGCUUGAAACCAAUAGCAACAACAAUUUAGUUAGUAACUAUAAAGACCAUGAAAAUAAGUUAGUGUUCCAAUGCCCAAGCGGAACCUACAUCAACCAAAGAACAUUGAUAGGAUCAGUAACCGAAGAAAGGAGAAUAGUGCAGACGACAAAGUUGUUUUUGAACAACUAUGCAAAGGAUCGCAUAAUUUUAUGCCUAAUGUAUAAAAUUAAUAAAGCAAACUACGCAGAGUUGUUCUCAUAUAACAGAGGACAGCUGGAAUACACAUUUAAAAGGCUAUGUAACUCAGCAGCCUUCAUCAACUCAAACCAAAUUUUGGUCCUGGACAAGACGCUUUUGAUCUAUAAUAUAAACGGAGAUCUUAUGUCGGAACUUAACAUAUCUUCUCAGAUACAAAAUAGACAGCUAGGAGCAACGGCACAAUUCACAGAUAAAGAUUUAAAUAAUUUGAAAGUGUUCAGUGUUACCAAGGACGUCUUGUUGUUUUUCUGCCCAAAAAACCAAUUUCUGUUCCUAUAUAGUCUUAACACAAAGAACCUAGUCAACUCAGUUAACGCGCCCUACGGAAAGCUUUUCGACGUUAUAGUUAACAGUUACGGAUUCAUUUGCUGCCUAUUCACCAACUUCGUGGUCAUUUAUGACCGCACACUAAAUCGCAUAACAUAUAAACAGCAGUUUAAUAGGAUCAAAUCAGGAGUCUGGGAUAACAAUACUUCAGUCAUAUACUCAACAUACAAUCAAAUACACUAUCUACUAAUUAACGGAAGCUUCGGAGUUCUUUGCACAAUGGCCUCACCGACAUAUUUAAUAAAAGUGAGUGAUGGAGCCGAUGAUAAAAAGCUUCUGUACCUGAUUAACAGACAGCACCGAUGUUUUAAGCAAGUUUUGGAUUCGCCAGACUAUUUAUUGAAGUACUCACUGCUGGUUAAUAAUAUGGAAAAGGCAAAUACAUUGGUCGAUUCAGGACAAGUGUUUGGAAGAUUCACGUGCUCAUAUUUAAUCAGCAACGGCAAGUACGUCUUGGCGAGGAAGUUGCUGGGCGACGAUAACCUCAACAAAUUCUAUUUAUCAGUACAGUUUGGAGACCUUCAAAAUGCACUAAACGAUGCAAAAUUAAUAAAUAACAAGGCUAUAUGGAGUUACCUGGGUGACGUAUCACUAGAAUUAGGGAACGUAACGAUAGCAGAGUUGGCAUAUCAAAAGUCUAAACAAUAUCAGAAAUUGACAUUGCUAUACCUGGUGAUAGGUGACUUUGGAAAGUUGAGGAAGAUGCUAAAUAUUUGUAAAAUACACGACGAUAAGUCUCUGUUAUUAGUUCAUGCACUGUAUCUGGGAGACAUGGAGGAAUUGAGCAACGUAUUGGGUGAAAAUGGACAUGAACAGUUGGCAAACAUAUGUAACGCAACAUAUAAAAUAAAUAACUGGAGUGAAGAAAAUUUAGAAAAUCCAAAUGCAAAAUACUUAGUACCACCAAAGCCAGUUAACAGAAUGGAAGGAGAUAUGCUGAACUGGAAUGUGAAAUUUAUUGAGUCAGACGAGUCGAAAUUUGAUAUAAAUGAAAUCGUGGAAUUCACUAAGCAGGAAAUGUCAAAGAAAACAGAUUCGUCAUAUUUAUCAACGAAUAUUCUAGAGCAGCAAAUGGCAGAUCUGCUUGUAACAAGUAAAAAGGAAAAAUCACCCAGAGCGGAUGUUUACACACCAGAUCAAGGAGUUGUGUACACAAAACAAGUUCAAAGAAGAGAAGAGGGGGCGGACUUGUUUAAUGAAAUUCUGGAGGGAACACAAGAUGCCUCCCCUCUAGACUUCAACGACACAGCAAAUCAUUAUGAUGGAUCAGAUGAUAUCUGGGACUCUGUAAGAGAUGAAGUCAAUCACGAACAACGCCUAUUUAUGUUCUUGAAUCAGAAAAACUAUACCUCAGCACUAAACUAUUUAAACCACAUGUACGGAGAGGUUAAUGUCCACUUACUAAAGUCUACAUUACAAAAUUCCGAUUUCUCAAAAUUCGACUCAAUUCAACAAGUUAACUACCAGCCAUCUCUAAAUCAGAAGAUGAAUACAGCUCUGGCCCAUUUUCAAAAUGCUGAAUUUGAACAAUGUGAGGAACAGUUGGUUGGUUUGCUCAGAGAACUCUUUCUGUACAAGUCACUUAACCUGGAUGUGGCCACAAUCAUGGAACAUUGCUAUUGGUAUGCACUAGCAAUUAGACUUGAAAUGGAGCGAGAUUCACUUUCCCAAACUGAUCCUAAAAGAAGUUUGCAGCUUGCAGCAUAUCUCACAUGCUGUAAACUUAACACGAGCCACCACUACCUAGUGCUUAGGAAGACGGUGGGACUCAUGUGGAAAGCAAAGAAUUAUCAAACCGCAGCAAUGCUAGUUGAUAGAAUCCUAAAUCUAGAUACCACCAAGUUCGAGUUCGACCAGACUGAGAUGGACAAGGCGAAGAAGAUCCACACACUGUGCCUUCAAAAGGGCACGAACCUCUAUGACCUGGACCUUCAACCAGAGGAUUUUAAUAACCUGGAGAUUUGCUCAGUCACAAUGGAUAAACUAUACCAAGAACCCACUGCAACAUGCCUCUUCUGUGGAGCGUACGCCUUUAGGAAAUACGUAAACCAGUUUUGUAAAGUAUGCCACCUGCUCAAGCUCGUUUAA